AAGCAGCAAAGUCAAGGGGGGAAAAAGGAGGCUGCAGAUCGGCUUACUGUUACGACAUAUUGAUAAAUAGAUCCACAUUGCCCGGAAAUUGAGACCCUAUCGCGAACCUAAAUCCUGUGCCAUUUACCUGGUGUGAAGAUGAACAGCGUGGGUGAAGGCUGCACUGAGCUGAAGCGCGAAUAUGACCAGUGCUUUAACCGCUGGUUCGCAGAGAAAUUCCUGAAAGGAGACCGUGGUGAAGAUCCGUGCACUGAGCUGUUCAAGAAAUAUCAGACCUGUGUUCAGAAAGCCAUCAAAGAAAAGGAUAUCCCAAUUGAUGGUGUGGAGUUCAUGGGUCCAAACAAGGAGAAACCAGGCAGUUGAUGCGACUCCUGAAUUGCUUAAGGAAAAUCCUAGAUUGCACUGAAGAUGUCCGCAUCAUACGUGGUGACAAAGACACAUGGUUAAGAACUUUUUGGGGGGUUCAGAAGGAAAGCUAUUUAACACUUAGUCAACCGGAAGGCUACAAAGGACAUGACCGGUCGAAUUAAGUUUUUUUGCUUCAAGUCAGGAAAUCCAUACAUGGUCUACAUGUAAUGACACCGUUAAAAAAAGAAAAGCUGGCUUUUGGAAUACAAAGAAGCUGCUGUUAGCAUGCCUCUACAAAAUCACAAAUACACAUAUAAUUAAAUUGUUCAUUUCAUUGUG